AUGAGGGAACCCAAUUUUUCAUUUCCAGGACAGAACAGAGCCGCCAUCUGUAUCACAAGCUCCAUAUACGACAGACGUGCACUAGACUGUACAGACUAUAUUCCCAUAAUUAACACUCUGACCAACCUCGCCUACCUCACCGGCUCAACCCCCACCAUCCGAGAAUACAUCACACGCGACGGAGGACUCGAGCGCCUCGUUACCAUUCUCAAGAAUACCAAAGUCAACGAUCGCAAGAACGGUCUCAAAUGGACUCUCGCCUUCCAAUGUGUCGUCAACAUCGGAGUAAGGGGGACUGAACACAUUCGCAAGCGGGUCGUCCAGGCAGGAAUGGUCCCCGUGAUCGUCAACGUCCUCGAGAGCUUCUUUGCCGUCCUCAAGUCAGUCAGCGACGAAAACGAGCGGCGGCGGCUUUUGCGCAGAGCAGAGGCAGCACAACAACAAUCACAGCCCCUUAUCACCGAUGGCGAUACCAAUGCUCCCAUGCUGACUCAGACCCACUCGACGUCAACACAACCCUUUGGCGGCCCCAUGACUGAAGAAGCGGGGCUCCUCCGGCAAGAUUCCGGCCACGACAACUCCAACGACUCGGCCUCGUCCGCACACUCCUCCGCCUCCCUCACUGCGCCUUCCUUGGCAUCCACAUCCACAUCAGUUACCACAGGAUCCAUCGCCCCCUCCACAGCCAAUCUUCCUACACCCCCUUCGGCGCAGCACCCAGUUCAUUAUCCACACAGUGUUCCAGAAGCCGGACAGGCCGCCCAAGAUGCAUCCCAUCCCGAUGAUGCGCGGUCAAUAGCACAGGACGGAGCCACAGGCGAGGCACGACCACAACAGUUCUUUUACCGCGAGGACGACAUUCUGCAUUCACUCCAGCUUCUUGCCUACCUCUCAAAGUACCCUUCACUGCGUUCAUCGUUCCACACCGAGUCCGGCUCCAAUGUCUUUGCGAUCGUGGAAAAAUUCACCCACAGGACAAUGCACCCCCUGGAGAUCCAGUACUGGGCAGGAGUCAUCAUGCGAAAUGCUUGCCGCAAGGACGACACAAGGAAGGGCAUUCGUCAAUGUGCCUACACUGGUUGCGGCAAGUGGGAGACCAAGCCCCGGGAGUUUGCAAAGUGUCGCCGUUGCCGCAAGGCCAAGUAUUGCAGCAAGCAGUGCCAGAGCAAGGCUUGGAACGAAGGACAUCGCUGGUGGUGUAUUGAGAAGAAGGCAGAGACAAUGGGCGUUUCGACUUCGUUUGGUACGGAUUUGCCUCCAGCCCCACCACCCCCACCCCCUCCUGCAGACCUCCAGGAUCAACCCGACGGCAAUCCCAACCUCUUGGAGAACAAUGGCCUGGCUUCGCUCGCCGCUGCAGGAGCCAAUGGCGCACGGAUGAUUGGCGGAGGCGAUGGUGGAAGCAACCACGGUCACCACGUCAGCCAGAUGCAACAAUCCCACCACCACCAACAGGCUCCUGCUCACCUGUUGAACCCUGCAGCAUCUUCUUCGACCACUCCAUCGCCCUACAGCCACUUGAUGGCGCCUUCGACAAGCCGUCCUGGCACUUCGUCCCAACACCAACAGCAGGUGCCAACGCCACAGCCACAGCAGCCACAGCAGGGACCAUUACAGCAACAUGUGCCUCAGCCACAACCUCAGCCCCAGCAGCCACAGCAACAGGCGCGGCACCCAACUAUGCACCCUCAGCCGCAGCAGCCCUUGCCUCAGCGUCAUUCCCAGCCGUACCACCAGCACCAGCAGCCACCACAACAUCAUCAACUGCAGCAUCACCACCAGAACCAGCAGUCAGAGCGGAGUCAUCAGCAGGUUUCUCCUCGUCGUCUCCAAGGAUCUCCGGAACCCUUGCAGUCUAUGGAGAGACAACCUCAACAGGCCGCUCCUCUGGACCGCCGCCCGUUCAAUCCACAGCAGAUGAUGCCCGGUCAAGUUGGUCCCAGUCCCAUCGCUCACCAUCACCUCCAUCGUACACCCCAGCGAUCCAUGAGCACGCCCCAUCCAUCGACGGCACCUAUCAUGCCCACACUUCGUUCAGAGCUCGCUCCUCACCUUGGUAUCUCCCCAGACUCUCCCACCCCUGAGCAGCUCGCCCAACGUUUCGUCCAGCAGGUGGCACUUCACCCUGGCCAGCAUAACGAGCUUGCCCAGCAUUUGCAUGCCCAGUUCCAGCAAUAUUUCCCUCCCCACAACCAAGCUGAGGCUAAGCGCCAAUUUUCGUUCCACGCCAGAGAACACUUUGCCCGGUACCAACGACAGCAAGAGCUGCUUCGUAGUGGCGCUCAAGGACCGUCGUCUGGCUCCCACAACGUCGCUGGUCGACCUGCCCCAGGCCGCGCUCCUGUGAUGCCCUUGGCCAUGCCUCCUCAUAGCCAACAACCUCUCUACGGCCCUGUGCCCCAGUCGACUGGUGCGUCCCGGUCUGGACGAGGAUCAGAGACUCACAGACAUGGAACCUCAAGACGCCGAUCUGACCUUGACUCGGACGAUGACGAUUCCUCUAUGCUUGAGUCGGGUUCACACUCGACUUCGAGCUUGUCGGUCCCCAUGUUGACGCAGGACUUGUCCACGUUAUCGACGACAAUGUCGCUUUCGUCUACCGAGAUCUCGGGCCCUCUUCCCGUCUCACCUGUCGAGAGCCGUUUCUCUGCCGGAUCGUCAUUGGGAUCUUCGUCGUCGAUCACUGUGGAUGGCAGUCGAUCGGACUUUGCCAAGUCCGAAUCGUCGUCGAGUCUGAGAGACUUCAAGGUUCGAAAGCUCAUGUCCCCCGAGCAGUCGGCUUCGUCCUCUUCGUCCUCGUCUAGCCAUGGUCACCAUGGAUCGUCCUCGGAUCUCCCUAGCCAGCAGGCCCUGCAGCGCCGUGAUGAGUGGUCUUACUCUCGCCAUAUGGCUAAGGAUGCACCCACUGCUCCUUAG